AUGGACCGAGACGAAAUUUCGCUCGUAAAAAUUGCAACAAUUCAACAAAGUAAUGCUAAUAAUGAGAAAAAUAAUAAAGAUAAACAACAAAAGGAAAUGGAACGACAAAUACUUCGUAAAAUGGAUUUUCGGUUGAUUCCGUUACUUGCACUUUUAUAUUUGAUGAGCUUUUUGGAUCGAGUUAAUAUUGGGAAUGCAAAGUUAGCCAAUUUGGAAGCUGACCUUGGUCUACAUGGAGCUCAAUAUAAUUGGGCAUUGAGUAUUUUCUUCUUUGGAUAUAUUUCUAUCGAGAUCCCUUCAAAUAUAAUUCUAAUGAAGACGAAACCUUCAUUAUGGAUACCUUUUAUAAUGUUCUUAUGGGGUGGAAUCACCGCGUUAAUGAGUUUAGUGAAAAAUUUCACUGAAUUGAUGGUCACCCGAUUUUUUCUUGGACUCGCAGAAGGUGGUCUGUUUCCCGGCGUUGUGUUCUAUCUAACAUUAUGGUAUAGACGCUCAGAACAAAACUUUCGUAUUAGUUUGUUUUUUGCGGCGUCUGGCGCUGCUGGGGCAUUUGGAGGAUUAAUUGCAUAUGCGAUUAUGAAAAUGCAUGGAGUUGGAGGAUUAGCAGGAUGGCAAUGGAUUUUCAUUCUUGAGGGUUUGUCGACUAUUGUGAUUGCAUUUGCUGCUUUUUUCUGGAUUACGGAUUACGCAAGAAGUGCUCGAUGGCUGACACAAGAAGAACGCGAAUUCGCGGAAAAAAGAUUAAAAGAAGAUGCUGGAGUAGCAUAUAUUCCGCAUUUUGAUAAGCGACAUUUAAAGGCUGCUUUUCAAGAUUGGAAAAUUUAUCUCGCGAUGGUCAUGUCUGUAAACACUGGGAUGGAAGCAUAUUCAUUCACAUUAUUCUUGCCUGUUAUUAUUAAAGGGCUUGGAUUUGAGCGAGCUUUGUCCCAGCUGCUUACAGUCCCUCCGUAUGUUCUGGCAGCUAUUGUAACAGUCUUUGUAGCAGUACAUUCAGAUAAAACCGGAUAUCGCGGGCCUUAUAUUGUUGUUUCCGCAGCAGUUGGCAUCAUAGGAUAUAUAAUGAUGAUUUUUCUGAAAUCAGUUACAGGAAAAUAUAUCGCCUCAAUGAUAAUAGCUAUGGGGCUAUUUCCAUGCAUUGGGACAGGAAUAACAUGGAUCACCAACAAUCUAGCAGGGGACGCAAAACGAGCGAUCGGCGCCGCUUUAUUAACCAUGUCUGCUAAUAUCGGUGGAAUUUUUGCUGGUCAGAUAUAUCGUGCGAAUGAUGCACCGCACUAUACGAUGGGUCAUACUAUUUCCGGGGUCUCGUUGUUGGGUGUAUUGAUUACGGCUGUGAUUUUUGAGGUGUUAUUGAAGCGUGUAAAUCGAUUAAAGGUUCAUGAUCCAGAAAGGUUUACUAGAAAUUUGAGUGAAGACGAGAUCAAGAAUCUGGGAGAUUGGCAUCCUGGGUUUUAUUAUACUUUAUAG